CCAAAUCACCGUUUAUAAUAUGUACUCACAUUAUUCUUUCGUGUAAAUAUAAAUAUGUAUAUUUUGACCCAAAAAGUGUCAAUAUGCGAGCGCGCAUAUAUACAUGACUUAUCCUUUGCGAUAUGAUUUGCAUUUAAAAAAAAUUAAAGAAAUCUCCUCAUUCUUAUCAAAAGACUUACCGUAUCUAUAAAAGCACAUACAGUUUAUGUUCUCUUCCACCAAAAAAAAAAAAUCUUUUGAGAGUUUCAUUAUUUGGCUUUCUCUGCAUUUGAGUAUAAUGGCUACUAUUGCCAAUGCUGAGAUUGUUUGUAGACAAUCAUUAUCGUCUCUUAAUCAGCAAUUAAGAGCAAGAGUGAGAUUAAUGCAUACGAGGAAGAUUAAUGUUGUUCGAAUUUCGUGUUGUUCUUCUCAUUCUCAUACAACGGUAGAUCCUUACACGACGUUGGGAAUUCGACUCGAUGCUUCUGUGCCUCAAGUCAAGAGGGCAUUUAGAAAGCUUGCAAAGAAGUAUCAUCCAGAUGUAUGUAAAGGGAAGGAUUGCGAUGUGCAAUUUAAAGAAAUCAAUGCAGCCUAUGAGGCAGUGAUGUCAGAUUUGAAAGGGAGAUCAAGUGCAUAUGAGUCAAGAUAUGGUUAUUAUGAAGAGAAUGAUGAUGAGGAAGCAAGAGGAAUGAAGAAUGAUCCAUUCAAUGGCUUCUAUGAAGGCCAUGAUAAUGAGCACAUGAAAGGAAGGACUGAUCAACAUUGGGACUAUAGGGAUGAAUGGAUUGGUUGGGAGGUUGGCAAUUGGAUUUUCUAUAAUCAACAACAAGAGACUGAUGUUGAUGACAUGACUUGUUUUGAGGACACAGAUAAAGUGCGUAGUGAACUUGAUAGCAAGUCUCAUCUCACUCACUAAUCAUGGAUAUUUAUGUAGAGUGCACCUCAUAAUACAUAUAGCAAAGUGUAACUGCUUCACAAGUUUAGCUUUGUUCUUUUUCAUGUUCUAUUGUUGUUUGUUAUUUUUAGGUUUUAUGAUA